AUGCUGGAACUGGCAAAAGUGGCUGAUCUCCAGGUCGAGCUGCCUGUUGAUCCAGAUGAAGGUCUCAGCGAAUCAGAGAAGAAGGACAUCGACGACCGUCUUCUCCGCAAGCUGGAUCUACGACUCCUCCCGUGGCUAUCACUGCUCACUCUCGCCGGAUUUCUAGACCGGACCAACAUGGGCAACGCAAAGAUUGAGGGCCUCCAGCAAGCCCUGCGCUUGACCAACAGCCAAUACAAUGCAUCGCUGACCAUUUUCUUCGUCCCUUACGCCCUCUUCGAGCCGGUCACAAAUGUCCUGCUGAAGCGGAUGGGGCCGAGAUUGUUCAUCCCCAGUAUCAUGGUGACAUGGGGAACCGUCAUGACCCUCAUGGGCCUGCUCCAGAACUUUUCCGGUCUCAUGGUGGCCCGCUUCUUCCUCGGCCUCGCCGAAGCUGGUCUCUCGCCAGGUAUCAGCUACUACCUGUCAUGCUGGUACAGACGGUCUGAGUUCGGACUCCGAAUGGCCAUAUCCUUCUCAUCUGCCGCAUUAGCCGGCUCAUUCGGUGGCCUGCUCGCCGCAGGGAUUUCCAAGAUGGGCGGCGUCGGCGGUAAGCCGGGCUGGGCGUGGAUCUUUAUACUGGAGGGCCUUGUCACGGUGCUUCUGGCACUCAUCUCCUUUCGUGUUCUUGUUGGAUUCCCGGAUCAGGCGGAUUUUCUCACAGAGGCUGAUAGGCGCCGUGUAAUCCGGCGGCUGGCGGUAGAUCAGCAGUCGAGUGCGAGAUAUCAGGAAUGGCGUACGGAUUUUCUUUGGGUGAGUCUGCGAGAUUGGAAGACGUAUAUGGGGCUGUUGGUUUACAUGGGGGCCGGCGGGUCGCUAUAUGCGUUUGCGCUGUUCUUGCCUAUGAUUGUCGAGGAGAUGGGAUACACCUCGACAACCGCACAAUUGCUCACUGUUGCUCCCAAUGCCAUUGCUUUUCUUGCUACAGUGCUGAUGGGCUACAUUGGCGAUCGCACUCAGGCGCGUGGUAUCCUCAAUAUUAUCGCCUCGUCCAUCGGCAUUGCAGGCUUCUGUCUGCUCCUUACUGCAUCCACGCCGGCCGCUCGCUACGUGGGGACAUUUCUCGGCGCGAUGGCGAUAUUCCCCUGCGUGGUCAACACAAUAACAUGGACCAGCAACAAUGUUGAAGGAGUCUACGAACGCGGCAUCACGCUCGGAAUCAUGAUCGGCUGGGGAAAUCUAAACGGGAUCGUCUCAUCCAAUAUUUAUCGCGGACAAGACGCUCCGAGCUUCUACUUGGGCCACGGCGUCGUGCUGGGGUAUCUGACUGUGUGUCUGCUGUUCGGGUCUAUUCUGCAGACGAUUCUCCUUCGGGUUGAGAACCGGAAGCGGCGUAGUGGCCUGCGCGACGGGUGGAUUCGAGGUCUUGGUCGCGAGCAGAUGGAGCUGUUGGGGGAUAUGCGGCCGGAUUUUCUUUACACUACAUAG